GGAGAAUGUCUUGAUGCCCCGCGUGCACGGAGAGCUUCGUUACUGCUACUAACGGAGGUGUAUAGCGGAGGGGACCCCGGUAGAAGUGCUGUAGGCUUGUGUAGAGGCCAACCGUGCUGCCAGUAUGUCUGAAACUGAAAAGGCUGUUGAUGCACUCUCUGAAAUGAACCUUGGUGAUGCACCUAAACAGUUAGGUGAAAACAAAGAAGCCAAUUUGAGUGCAAGCUGUAAAGAUAUUGUGGUCACUAUUGGAGCUACUGUACCAACUGGCUUUGAGCUGACUGCUGCGGAUGAAGUGCAAGAGAAACUGGGUUCACAGUCUAGAAUUAGCAAGGAUCGAGGAAAAAUCUAUUUUGAAAUUCCUGUAAUUGAUCUUCCACAGGUUCACCAGUUAAGAUCAGUGGACAACUUAUUUGUUGUCGUUCAGGAGUUCAAAGAUUAUCAGUUCAAAGAAACUAAGGAAGAAGCUCUAAAGGAUUUAGAGGACCUAGCUAAGAAACUGCCUUGGACAAACCCUUUGGAAGUGUGGAAGCUAAAUACAAGCCUUAAGAAAAAGAAAACAAGACAGAAAAAAGGCAAUCAACACAGUAAUACAAGGAAACAGAAACUGGAGAAUGACAUAAAAGGAGAAGGAACUGUCGAAGGAUUGCAUGAUCCUCUGCAAAAUAUUUUAGGCUUGGAGUCUGCUGAAAUUCAGGAUGCACAAAAAACUGAUGAAGUGAUGCCACCAAAUGAAGAUGAGCAGUCUGAUUCUAAAGAAGAGGUGGCAUCCAGUGAUGAAAACAAAUCUGGUGACUGCAAGAAGAGUGAAAUGGAAGCUCAGGUGGUGAAGUUCCGAGUGACAUGCAACAGAGCUGGUGACAAACACAGCUUUACAUCAAAUGAGGCAGCAAGAGAUUUUGGAGGAGCUGUGCAAGAUUUUUUCCAAUGGAAAGCAGACAUGACCAAUUUUGAUGUGGAGGUUCUUUUGAACAUUCAUAGUAAUGAAGUAGUAGUGGGAAUUGCCUUAACAGAGGAGAGUCUUCAUAGAAGAAAUAUUACACACUUUGGUCCCACAACCCUUCGAUCCACUCUAGCCUAUGGUAUGCUCAGACUUUGUGAACCUCAGCCAGCGGAUAUAAUAAUUGAUCCAAUGUGUGGAACAGGUGCCAUACCAAUAGAGGGGGCUGCUGAGUGGCCUAAUUGCUUUCAUGUUGCUGGCGAUAACAACCCACAGGCUGUGAAGAGAACUGCAAAUAAUAUCUCCUCUUUGCUGAGGCAGAUUCACAGCAAAGAAAGCUCAUCUGGCAGUAAACCCAUAGAUAGUAUACAGUGGGAUAUCUGCAGUCUACCAUUAAGAACUGGUUCUGUGGAUGUCAUUGUAACAGAUAUGCCAUUUGGAAAGAGAAUAGGGUCUAAGAAAAAGAACUGGGAUCUCUACCCAGCCUGCCUUAUGGAGAUGGGUCGGAUCUGCAGACCAAGAACUGGCAGAGCUGUGCUGCUUACUCAAGAUAGGAAAUGUUUUGCCAAGGCAUUGUCCAAAAUGGGACACUUAUGGCGAAAGUCUCACACUAUCUGGGUGAAUGUUGGAGGACUUCAUGCUGCUGUGUAUCUUCUGAAACGCACUGGAGAAAGAAAUGAAGAGACAAAAUCAAAGUGGUGACCUCCUACACCAUUCUGAAUCUCUGAAGGCUCUUUGGAGCAUGUAAGCCUGAAGUUCUAAGUCAUACCGUCUUUAACAUCUUGAAUGGGCAGAAGAUAAAAGUGAGCAAGUAAGCACACUGAUCCAAGGAUCCAUUGGCAUGGGGAAGAAAGGAAAGGUUAUACUCAGAAGCUUUUAAAGGAGCUCUGAGGGUUAAGUAGAAAAAUGAAAAUAGUAAUCCCUUUCUUUGCCUGCAAAUCAGAUUUCAUGUUUCAACUUGGGUACAUAUGUAAACUUGUUUUCAUAUUCACAGGAAAGUUACUCUGUUUUGAGAAAAAGCUUGAAAGGGUGGUUGUACCCCACCCCAAUUGCAGAAGACCUAACUUUUCUGCUAGCAUUGUUGUUUCAGUUUCCUGAAGCCUAUUUCCUUGAGUGAUAGCCAGCUAGGGUAUCUUUUAGGUACACAAAGGUUGUCUUAAUAAAAACAUUCUGCCAAUAGAGAAAACUGGCUUGUUUUUUGUAUUGCCAUGAUGGGCAACUAGGCUUUUAGAAAACAUUGCCACUGUUUAUGAUGGAAUCUCUGUUAGAGGCUAGAAGCUCAGGAGUGCUGCCUAUGUUCUUACCUGCUACCUCAAAUAAGUCCCUGUUUAUUUUAUGUUUACUUUUUUGUGCCAUGUAUAUUGCAUCUGUACGUAUGGCUGAGUAAAUGUGCUAUCAGCCUUAGUAAGUUUCUGUAGUCAGUGUUCUGAUAAACAAUAAGACUUGAAAAAUGCUCUAGUUAUAUUCACAUAUGCUGCUCUUGGUUUUGGACACAUAGGAUAGAUUUAUACCAGAAUGUUCACACACUUGUUGAAUGUAAGUUUAUAAAGACAAGCAGAUAACUAACUGCCUUCUGCUUAGAUAAAAAUAAGCUCACCCAGUUGAACAACAGGAACCUGCAGUGGCUCUUGUGCACAAUCCAAUGAACAAGAUCUAUGCAAGAUCACAUCAGUUGCUAGUAGAUCAUGUCUGUUUAACACAUAUUGUAACUGGUUUGUCAAACUUAAGGGCUUUUCCCCACCAGCCUGAAAAGAGCAACUGAAAGGCUAAUGAAAGUGUUUCUAAAGUUCUAAAGUUUCGAAAGCAUGUUAGGGUCUUUCAGCCCUCAUAUAAUGGGAAAAGUUCACUUAGUUCGGAAUUUAUUGAAGGCUUUUUUAAAAAAGAAAUCCGGGGCUGUGUGAUCAGUUACAGGCUACCAUGCAGGAUCUGAAACGCUACUGAAUUAGGUUCUUUUUAGGAGAGAAAGUGCACCCGUACUGUUCUAGUUGAUAGAAAAAUAGUAUUGCCUCUGUUCAUAACUUUAUGAAGCACUUUUGCCAUCAUCAUCCCAAGUUGCUAGCUUUUUGCCUGUGGGCUUUGCUUUGGUGUUUCUUAGAAGACUUUGGUUGUCGCUGUUGUACUGAACUUUGUUUAUAAUUAUAUGUAAUAAAGUCUUUAACAAGGGCUGUUUUGCAUUUGUUCUGAUGCUAAGACUGCAUAAGACAAUCUCUUAACAGAAGAUUGUUUACAUAUGCAUUUCCUUAAUACAGUUUUAUUUAUCGCAUUUUAAAUUCACCUUUCUCCAAGCAAGAACUCAAGGU